UCUGCUGAGGUUGCUUUGCAGAGUGACGUGUCUGCACAGUAGCGCAGUGAGAAACCUCUCCGCAGCUGGGGGAAAGGCAGGGGGACUCUGCCAUGCACUUCCCAGUCAACGGGCUCCUCUACGCGGGAGCGAUCUGGAAUUUCACCGACAAUAAUCAAUCUUUGGGCUUCACCCCCACGGAAGAUCCGACGAUGGAAAACACCGGCAACGACAGUUCCAUGAGAAAUGACAGCGACCCAUUUGGAAGAAACGAAGAGGUCGCGAAGAUAGAGAUCACGGUUCUGAGUAUCACCUUCGUUGUGGCCGUCAUCGGCAACUUGAGCGUUCUGUUAGCCAUGUACAAUACUAAGAAGAAGAUGUCGCGGAUGCACCUCUUCAUCAAGCACCUGAGCCUGGCCGAUCUGGUGGUCGCGUUUUUCCAGGUGUUACCGCAGCUGUGCUGGAAGAUCACCUUUCGCUUUUAUGGUCCGGACUUUCUCUGCAGAAUCGUAAAGCACCUGCAGGUCCUGGGCAUGUUCGCCUCCACUUACAUGAUGGUAAUGAUGACUUUGGACCGUUACAUCGCCAUCUGCCACCCACUGAAAACUCUCCAGCAGCCCACUCAGAGAUCAUACAUCAUGAUUAUCAGCACCUGGGUGUGCAGCCUGGUGUUGAGUAGUCCGCAGUACUUCAUAUUUUCACUCAGCGAAAUCAAGAACGGGUCUGACGUGUACGACUGCUGGGGACACUUCAUAGAGCCUUGGGGUGUCAGAGCGUACAUCACCUGGAUAACCGUUGGCAUUUUCCUUGUCCCGGUUGCUAUUCUGGUCAUCUGCUAUGGGUUCAUUUGCCACAGUAUAUGGAAGAACAUCAAGUACAAAACCAAAAAGAACACCGCGGAAACCGCGGCUAAAAACGAUCUGAUAGGGAAGUCCUCGGUCAACAGUGUCACCACCAUCUCCAGGGCGAAGCUGAGAACUGUGAAAAUGACCUUCGUGAUUGUCCUGGCGUACGUUGUCUGCUGGGCUCCUUUUUUCACCGUGCAGAUGUGGUCGGUGUGGGAUAAGAACUUCAUGUGGGACGAUUCCGAGAGCACAGCGGUCACCCUCUCCGCGCUGCUCGCGAGUCUCAACAGCUGCUGUAACCCCUGGAUCUACAUGAUCUUCAGCGGUCACCUCCUGUACGACUUCGCCCACUGCUUCCCCUGUUGUCACAAGAUACAGCAGAAAUUCAAGAAGGAGGACUCAGACAGCAGCAUCCGGAGGACGACGCUCUUAACCAAAAUGACCAACAGGAGUCCAACGUGCAGUUCGGGCACUUGGAAAGACUUCGAAAAUUCGCCCAAAUCCGGCACCUUCAUCCCGGCAGAGUCCUGAAUGAUAAUUUACUGCUUCGUUUGAUAAUUUAUGAACACUUGCCAAUAAGUGAAUUCUCACAG